UCAAACACGUGCCUGUCAUCUCCAUCUCCAAUGCCAACAGAACAAGAGUGAGAAGGAAGGGAGGAAUAAAGCUCUGGAUCUGAUUUCAAAGCUUUCAGAUCUCCACCCAAAUUCACACUCAAACAAUCACAUUCCUCUUUGGUUCCGUGCAAAUCCCCGCUCUUCGAACAAAAUUGAUUGGAACCCAGAUUGAAAUUUCCGCUGCAGAUUUGGGAAAAAAAAAAAAAGCUUCGGUUUUCCUCUCCGCCGCUGAAGAUUGAAACAAAGAAAUGGCGGCGGUGGAAGUUCACAAGUUCGCUCAGUGCAUCACUUGCCACGCUUGGAGCCGUGAUCGCUCCAUGAUCGCAUUUUGUCCAAACAACAAUGAAGUUCACAUCUAUGCUCUGUUGCAAGGAAAGUGGGAGAAGUUGCAUGUUCUUCAGAAGCAUGACCAAAUUGUAUCUGGGAUAGACUGGAGCGCGAGGGCAAACAAAAUAGUUACUGCAUCUCAUGAUCGGAAUUCUUAUGUCUGGAAUCUAGAAGGAUCAGAGUGGGUACCAACCCUUGUUAUCCUUCGGCUAAAUCGCGCUGCACUUUGUGUUAAGUGGAAUCCAAGAGAAAACAAGUUUGCUGUUGGAAGUGGGGCAAAAACUGUUUGUAUAUGCUACUACGAGCAAGAGAAUAACUGGUGGGUCAGUAAACUUAUCAGAAAAAGGCACGACUCUUCUGUGACAAGUGUUGCUUGGCAUCCCAAUAAUGCCACCCUGUUCUCCAUGAUAGUUAUUAAUAAGUACUGUGGCCCAGUGCUUGUGAGUUUGGGGCAUCUGUGUGCACCUGGGGUCGCCCUACACCUCCCAAAGAUUCUUCUAGCAACAGCAUCUACAGAUGGAAAAUGCCGUAUAUUUUCCACUUUUAUUAAGGUCGUCGAUGCAAAGGAAUCAAGAACAGGCCCAUUUGCUGAUUCAAAAUUUGGAGAGCAAAUUCUUCAGCUUGAUCUAUCAUUUUCUUGGUCAUUUGGCGUGAGGUGGUCACCAAGUGGCAAUACCUUAGCAUAUGUAGGCCAUAGUUCUAUGAUUUACUUUGUUGAUGAUGUUGGACCUUCUCCUCUGGCUCAAAAUGUUGCAUUCCGUGAUUUGCCUCUCCGUGAUGUGUUAUUUCUUUCUGAAAGAUUACUUAUAGGCGUGGGGUUUGAUUGCAAUCCAAUGGUGUUUGCGGCAGAUUUACAUGGAAUAUGGCAUUUUAUCAAAUUUCUUGGGGAAAGAAAGACAACAUCUUCAGGUCCGAGAUAUGGUUCACAGUUUUCUGAAGCAUUCGGAAAGCUAUAUGGCCAACAAAAACAUGGAUUGAACAAUGAUGCAAAUGAACAUUCAAGAUCACGAGGAGGCGUCCAUGAGAACUGCAUCAAUUGUAUCGUGCCGCUUGGAGAACCAGGGAGUUCUAAAGUAACGCGCUUCAGCACAUCAGGCUUGGAUGGAAAAGUAGUUGUGUGGGAUAUGGAGAACCAAGCAGAUUUGUCGGAGUAUUUGUAGUCUGUCACCAAUCACCAUAGGCAUAAAGAAUAUCGUUGUGUAAUCGGAAUGUUCAUUGUAUAUUUCAUGUGACAGCAAUUGGUAAUAUUUCUGUAGAAGCCUAGAAGAAAAUAAACUGCAAAUCGUGGCGAUUUUAGCUUUGUAUGCCUCUUGGCUCGUGUACCGCUUCAUGUAAUGUAUUUGGCCUCCGCAAUUUUCUCGUGUACUCGCUGGUCCGAAAAGGAAACUUCUUCCCCCUUUGAUGUGAUCAAGCAAAAAGUUUGUUUUAUCAUUACUACUACUAUUAUGUUGAAGAUUUGAUUUGCGUCUGCAAUCCUAUAAGAAGAGUUAUUGAAGUUC